AUGGAUCCCAGUACGAGCCAGAGCAGAGAGGCCCAGGCUUACAGCGCCAACCUCGACUACACUCUCAAAGAAUUGCAGCGCAGGGUACACGAGCAUGAGAAUGAGCUUGAACGCUUACGGUCUCGCGGAGAUGAUAUAAACCAGUCGCCAGCAGCCCAGGUCAAGAUUAUCCAGACAGCGUUAGAAAGCGUGACCAACUCGGAGCCCUUCCUCCCGUUCGCCAGCUCCAUUCUGCCCGCUCUGUUGGCCCUGCGGCGGACACACGAGACAAUUAUGCAGUCAAAGGAGUACCUGCUUGCCCAGGGGGCCGUGGUAGACCGUGAGAAGCGUGACCUCGAGGCCGAGGAGGCCAACCUGCGGGAUCACAAGCUUCUCACCGAGGCGCUGGGCGACCGCAUCAUCUCUCUGGAGGAGGAGCUCUCGUCCAACGCGGAUAUGGCCCCCGAGGACGGGGCCCGUCGACGCAGAGAGGAGUUGGAAUUACGGAAAAAGCGCUACGACCAGGAGAGCAGACGUCUCUUCAAGGCCCUCAACGACUUCAUCGACGAGCACCUGGCGCGCAUGCUGGCGGCUGAAGAGCUCGGCGGCGCCGUGGUAGGCGAGCUCAUGGACAUUGACGGUAACGACCUGGCUGCGGGGUUCAAUGCACAGGGCAAGCCGAAGAAGUCAUCCGGAAAGGACGCUGUCAUUGACGACAAGCGGCAGCGUCGCAUCGAUGAGAUCUGGGGAGCCGCGACCACCAGAACCAAUGGUAACAGCGAUGAUAUUCGCAGAAACAAUGGUGACGACGAGGUCGUGGCUGCGGGACGUGAGAUGAAGCAGCUCACUCAGGCUCUCGUGGAGCAGCUCCAGGAGGCAAGGGGGGAUAACUCGGCCUCGUAUGUGACGCUGUCGCGGGAGUCGGCUGCUGCCAGGUUCCUUGUGCGGUCCAAGGUGGCUCAGUUUCACCCAAAGGACGCGUCGAGGCUACGGCUGAUAGAUUUCGGGCGGGAGCUCUAG